AUGAAGGCUGUUUUUGUGUUGUGCCUGCUGCUAGGCGCAGUCGCCGCGCAGCAGACCAUUGGCGAUCUUUUGGACAUGGAAGAGUUUCAAGCGUUCAAGUCGGCCCUGGACGCUGCCAACCUGACCGAUAGCUUGGAUGAUGACACCUACACCAUCUUUGCCCCCACCAACGACGCCUUUGCCAAGCUGAAUGAUACCAUGGUGACGCUUCUCCUCUCAGAAGAGAACCUGGACCAACUGCAAGAGCUGCUGUUCCACCACGUCAUUGCGGGUAACAUCUCAGCCAGCCAGUUUGUGAAUGGCACGGAAUACCCCACCCUCUUGGCGGACAACGAUGUGACAGUCUUUUUCGAAGGCGAGGGUGACGACACUUCUGUUUUUGUGAUGUCUGCGGGUGACGUGGAAGCCGAGGUGGUUGGUCUGAACGGCUAUGUCGAAACUGGUGUCGUGCAUGCCAUUGACACCGUCCUCAUCCCCCUGGACUUUGAAUUGAUUGUGCCCACGACGCCUGCCCCCAUGUCCACAAGCACCGACGAUGACAAUGAUGUCGACAAUGACGAUGAGACCACGAUGAUGCCCAUGGCCAAUGGCCUUGAGGCACUGUUAACCGGCGACGUCUCCUACACACUCUUUUACGAUGCCAUCCAAGCCACCAACCUGACUGAUCGCCUUUUCCAGAACAACGGUUUGACGGUCCUCAUUCCCAACAACCAGGCCUUUGGCUUUCUGGAUGACGACGAGCUCAACGACCUCUUCGAGACGGAUUUGGAUCGUCUCCGCUCGAUUGUGCUUCUGCAUAUCAUUGACCAAACUAUGACCCUGGAUGCCUUGGUCAUUCAGGAAGAUGUGGACACUAUCGAUGGCGUAAAACUUGAAUUUGAUCGCGACGUGUUCAGCGUUGAGGUCGAAGUUGAGGAUGGCAAUGAGGCAGACGUGGUCGAAGGCAACAUCCAGUUUGAUGGCGGUGUAGCCCAUGAGAUCAACCGAGUGCUCAUGACAGACAGUGCCACAACGCAAGUUGCUAGCUUGCUCUUGGUCAUGCUCGCCGUUGCCUUUAGCAAGCUUUUUUAA